AUGAGCGGCGAGGUGUGUGUUCAGACGCUGCAGAGGCUUCGCCGUGUUGGUUCGUUCAGGAGUCUCGUUGAAAAUAAAUAUAAAGGAGGUCCAAGUAAAAGAAUAGUUGUCGACUAUUCCUCGCCGAAUAUCGCCAAACAGUUUCAUAUCGGAAACUUACGGUCCACUUUGAUUGGAAGAUACGUCGACAAGGUGAAUAGAGUGAUAGGAAAUCAAGUAACUUCCGUCAACUACUUGGGCGACUGGGGAACACAGUUUGCAAUGAUCGCUACGUUUUGGCCUCAGAUGAAACCAUCCGAUCAGUAUUGGAAUUCGCUUUCUGACGUAGAAAAAAUAAAACAACUGACUGACUGUUAUGUUGUCGCCAACAAAAACAUGAAAAUUGAUGAAGAGUUCCGAGCAAAAGUAUAUGAAACAUUUGUUGCAAUGGAAAAAUCUGUAACUGAUGGAUCAGAAAACUGUGCAAAUGACGAGAAUAUGAAGUUGUGGCAACAAAUAAGACAAAUAUCAAGGCGCCACCUCACAGAAUUCUACAAUAAAUUUGAUGUAACAUUCGAUGAAUGGCUUUGUGAAUCGAGUCAUAUACGAAAAGCACAUCAGUAUGCUCAAGAACUCGUUGAUAAAGGUUUCACCGAAGAUUUAGAUGGAAGAACAAUUAUUCGAUUGAGAGAAGGAGAUAUUGAGAAGAAGAAGCCAGAUGGAGUAAAUUAUGCAAUUUUACGGAAAAGUGAUAUGUCGAGUCUGUAUUUGACAAGAGAAAUUGCAGCGAUUCUGGAGCGUGAUGCCACGUUUCAGGCGGACCGCUAUUUAUAUGUAGUUGAUCGAGCUCAGAGGCAGCAUUUCAAUGCAUUGAAAGUGAUUCUCGAUAAAUUGGGUCGAGCUGAUUUAGCUGAAAAAAUCGAGCAUGUUCAAUAUGGAAGAGUAAGGGGUUUGUCGACUAGAAAUGGGAGAACAGAAGCUGUCGGAGAGAUUAUCGAACGGGGGAGAGAACUUGCUUUACAAUUCAUGAAAUCAUCGAAAACAUUUUGUAUGGAUCCAGAUGUAGAACAAGAUAUCGCAGAUGUACUGUCCCUAUCAACAGUUGUUUUCAAUGAAUUAAAAAGAGCUCGCAACUCGGAAUAUGAAUUUUCAUUUCAAAACGCGUUUGCUCUCAACCAAAACAAUGCACUGGCUCUUCAGAUGAAGCAUAGUCGAUUGUCUUCAAUAGAAGAAAAACAUCAACAUUUACUGCCUCUAGUGGAUGCCUGCACCAAAUUUCCCGAUUUUGACACCAAUGACGACGUUAAGCGGUUAAUGAGACUAUUAAAUGAUCUAGAACAUUCUGUUGAGUUGAGUGCUCAAAAACUAGAAGCUUGCCAAUUAACAGUACAACUAAUACACGUGGCUGCAGCAGCAGGAAGUGUUCAAAAACAGUUGAGAGUCAAAGGUCAACCGGACGAGAUAGCAGUCCCACGUCUGAUGUUGUUCUCCGCAGUUCGGAAUGUUCUUGCUGAUGGUCUUCAACUCCUCGGAAUCACCCCAGCUCGUUCAAUGUGA